AUGGCUCGCUUUGGAGACGAGAUGCCGGCGGCCCGUUACGGGGGAGGAGGAGGAGGAGGAGGAGGAGGAGGCUCCGGGGCAACCGCCGCCGCCGCCGCCGCCGGGGUGGUCGUGGGCGCCGGAGGAGGUGGCGGUGCAGGAGCAGGACGCGGAGCCGGCGGCAGCAGGCCGGGCGGGCCGGCGGGAGCCCCGAGGAUGUACAAACAGUCCAUGGCGCAGAGAGCUCGGACCAUGGCCCUCUACAACCCCAUCCCGGUCCGCCAAAACUGCUUCACCGUCAACCGCUCCCUGUUCCUCUUCAGUGAGGACAACGUGGUGAGAAAAUACGCCAAGAAGAUCACCGAAUGGCCUCCCUUUGAAUAUAUGAUUUUAGCCACCAUCAUAGCGAACUGCAUCGUCCUUGCUCUCGAGCAGCACCUGCCGGAUGAUGACAAAACCCCGAUGUCUGAACGGCUGGACGACACGGAACCAUACUUCAUCGGGAUAUUUUGUUUUGAGGCUGGAAUUAAGAUCAUCGCCCUUGGGUUUGCCUUCCACAAAGGCUCCUACCUGAGGAACGGCUGGAACGUGAUGGAUUUUGUCGUGGUGCUAACAGGCAUCCUGGCCACAGUGGGGACGGAGUUUGACCUGCGGACCCUGAGGGCGGUUCGAGUGCUCCGGCCGCUCAAGCUGGUGUCUGGAAUCCCAAGUUUACAAGUUGUGCUGAAGUCCAUUAUGAAGGCAAUGAUCCCCCUGCUGCAGAUCGGCCUGCUCCUGUUCUUUGCGAUCCUUAUUUUUGCAAUCAUAGGGUUAGAAUUUUAUAUGGGAAAAUUUCAUACCACCUGCUUUGAAGAGGGGACAGGUAGGUCCAUGCGGCAUGAUGUCAUCAUUGGCAGCAUCUUCGAGGUCAUCUGGGCCGUCAUAAAGCCUGGCACGUCUUUCGGGAUUAGCGUGUUGCGAGCUCUCAGGUUAUUGCGUAUUUUCAAAGUCACAAAGUACUGGGCGUCCCUCAGAAACCUGGUUGUGUCCUUGCUCAACUCCAUGAAGUCCAUCAUAAGCCUGUUGUUCCUCCUGUUCCUCUUCAUUGUCGUCUUCGCCCUUUUGGGAAUGCAGCUCUUCGGUGGCCAGUUUAAUUUCGAUGAAGGGACCCCUCCCACCAACUUUGACACCUUCCCAGCAGCGAUAAUGACAGUGUUUCAGAUCCUGACAGGCGAGGACUGGAACGAGGUCAUGUACGACGGGAUUAAGUCUCAGGGAGGCGUGCAGGGUGGCAUGGUGUUCUCCAUUUACUUCAUCGUCCUCACCCUCUUCGGGAACUACACUCUCCUGAAUGUGUUCUUGGCCAUCGCUGUAGACAAUUUGGCAAAUGCCCAGGAACUCACCAAGGAUGAACAAGAGGAGGAGGAGGCAGCCAACCAGAAACUUGCGCUACAGAAAGCCAAGGAGGUGGCGGAAGUGAGUCCUCUGUCUGCAGCCAACAUGUCCAUAGCCGUGAAGGAACAGCAGAGGAACCAGAAACCGGCCAAGUCGGUGUGGGAGCAGCGCACGAGCGAGAUGCGCAAGCAGAACCUGCUGGCCAGCCGCGAGGCGCUCUACACCGAGAUGGACCCCGACGAGCGCUGGAAGGCCACGUACGCGCGUCACCUGCGUCCCGACGUGAAGACGCACCUGGACCGGCCCCUGGUCGUGGACCCCCAGGAGAACCGUAACAACAACACCAACAAGAGCCGCGCGGCCGCCGCCGCCGAGGAGCAGCCGCGCGGCGGCGCCGACGAUGCGCUGCGCAAACCCGCGCGCUGCCGAGAGCGCAGGGCCUGGCCGGGGAGCCCCGAACCCGCGCCGGGGCGCGAGGGUCCUUACGGCCGCGAGUCGGACCACGGGGCCCGCGAACCGGGCUGCUGGGACACGGCCGAGCGGGCCAAGGUCACCGCCGCCUCCGCUUCCGAGCCUCCCCGCCGCCACGCGCACCGGCCGGCCGCCGCGGGCAGGGACGCGCGGGGAGGGUCGCCGCGCCCCGGCGCCGACGGGGAAGCUCGCCGCCACCGCGCGCGCCGCAGGCCCGGGGACGAGGCGGCCGACGACAAGGCGGAGCGCAGGGCGCGGCCACGCGAGGGGAGCCGGCCCGCCCGGCAGGCAGGAGAGGGCGACGGAGACGGGCCCGACGGAGGAGGAGGAGGAGGAGGAGGAGGAGGGGAGCGCAGGCGGAGGCACCGGCACGGGCCGCCCCCCUCCUACGACGCGGACGCGCGCCGGGAGGACAAGGAGCGAAGGCACCGGCGGAGGAAAGAGAACCAAAGCUGUGGGGUCCCCGUGUCCGGCCCCAACCUGUCCACCACCAGGCCGAUCCAGCAGGACCUGGGCCGCCAAGACCCGCCGCCGGCCGAGGACAUCGACAACAUGAGAAACAGCAAGUUGGCCACCGGGGGAGAGUCGGCCAGUCCCCAUGACGGCCCGGGCCAUCCCGGCCCACCCCAGAGCCCGGCCAAGAUGGGUAACAGCACCCACCCCGAGUCCGGACCCGCCGCGCCCGCCAUGGCCACCGACACCCAGAACGCUGCCAGCCGCAGGAUACCCAACAACCCGGGGAACCCCGGUCCCCCCAAGACUCCCGACAACAGCCUUAUCGUCACCAACCCCAGCAGCACGAAGCCCAAUUCAGCCAAGACUGCCAAGAAACCUGAGCACACCGCGGUGGACAUCCCCCCAGCCUGCCCGCCGCCCCUCAACCACACCGUUGUCCAAGUGAACAAAAACGCCAACCCAGACCCACUGCCAAAGAAAGAGGAUGAGAAGAAGGAGGAGGAGGAGGCGGACCCUGGGGAAGACGGGCCCAAGCCCAUGCCCCCUUACAGCUCCAUGUUCAUCUUGUCCACAACCAACCCCCUCCGCCGCCUGUGCCAUUACAUCCUGAACCUGCGUUACUUCGAGAUGUGCAUCCUCAUUGUCAUUGCCAUGAGCAGCAUUGCCCUGGCCGCCGAGGACCCUGUGCAGCCCAAUGCGCCCCGCAACAACGUGCUGCGGUACUUCGACUACGUCUUUACGGGCGUGUUUACCUUUGAGAUGGUGAUCAAGAUGAUCGACCUGGGGCUCGUCCUGCACCAGGGAGCCUAUUUCCGUGACCUCUGGAACAUCCUGGACUUCAUAGUGGUCAGUGGGGCCCUCGUGGCCUUUGCCUUCACCGGCAACAGCAAAGGAAAGGACAUCAACACAAUCAAAUCCCUCCGAGUCCUCCGGGUGCUAAGACCUCUUAAAACCAUCAAGCGAUUGCCAAAACUCAAGGCGGUGUUUGACUGCGUGGUGAACUCGCUGAAGAACGUCUUCAACAUCCUCAUCGUCUACAUGCUCUUCAUGUUCAUCUUCGCCGUCGUGGCCGUGCAGCUCUUCAAAGGGAAGUUCUUCCACUGCACAGACGAGUCCAAGGAGUUUGAGAGAGACUGCCGCGGCAAGUACCUCCUGUACGAGAAGAACGAGGUGAGGGCCCGCGACCGGGAGUGGAAAAAAUAUGAGUUCCACUAUGACAACGUGCUGUGGGCGCUGCUCACCCUCUUCACGGUGUCCACCGGGGAAGGCUGGCCACAAGUCCUCAAGCACUCAGUGGACGCCACCUUCGAGAACCAGGGUCCCAGCCCCGGCUACCGCAUGGAGAUGUCCAUCUUCUACGUCGUCUACUUCGUGGUGUUCCCCUUCUUCUUCGUCAACAUCUUCGUGGCCUUGAUCAUCAUCACCUUCCAGGAGCAAGGGGACAAGAUGAUGGAGGAGUACAGCCUGGAGAAAAACGAGAGAGCCUGCAUCGACUUCGCCAUCAGCGCCAAGCCACUGACCCGCCACAUGCCGCAGAGCAAGCAGAGCUUCCAGUACCGCAUGUGGCAGUUCGUGGUGUCCCCGCCAUUUGAGUACACUGUCAUGGCUUUGAUAGCGCUCAACACCGUAGUACUGAUGAUGAAGUUCUACGGCGCCUCUGUGGCGUACGAAAACGCUCUGAGGGUGUUCAACAUUGUCUUCACGUCCCUCUUCUCUCUGGAAUGUGUGCUGAAAGUCAUGGCCUUUGGGAUUCUGAAUUAUUUCCGAGAUGCCUGGAAUAUCUUCGACUUUGUCACUGUUCUGGGCAGCAUAACGGACAUCCUGGUCACUGAGUUUGGGAAUCCGAACAACUUCAUCAACCUGAGCUUUCUACGCCUCUUCCGGGCUGCCCGGCUCAUCAAACUCCUAAGGCAGGGCUACACCAUCCGCAUCCUCCUGUGGACCUUCGUGCAGUCCUUCAAGGCCCUGCCGUAUGUCUGUCUGCUCAUAGCCAUGCUCUUCUUCAUUUAUGCCAUCAUCGGGAUGCAGGUGUUUGGCAACAUCGGCAUAGACGUGGAGGACGAGGACAGCGAGGAGGAGGAGUUCCAGAUCACCGAGCACAAUAAUUUCCGCACCUUCUUUCAGGCCCUGAUGCUUCUCUUCCGGAGCGCCACGGGGGAAGCGUGGCACAACAUCAUGCUGUCCUGCCUCAGUGGGAAGCCGUGCGAUAAGAACUCGGGGAUCCUCACUGCUGACUGUGGCAACGAGUUUGCUUAUUUCUAUUUUGUUUCCUUCAUAUUCCUCUGCUCCUUUCUGAUGCUGAACCUUUUCGUUGCCGUCAUCAUGGAUAACUUCGAAUACCUCACCCGGGACUCCUCCAUCCUGGGCCCCCACCACCUGGACGAGUACGUGCGCGUCUGGGCCGAGUACGACCCUGCCGCUUGGGGCCGCAUGCCUUACGCAGACAUGUAUCAGAUGCUGAGACACAUGUCCCCGCCCCUGGGCCUGGGGAGGAACUGCCCGGCCAGAGUGGCUUACAAGAGGCUCCUGCGGAUGGAUCUGCCUGUGGCUGAUGACAACACGGUCCACUUCAAUUCCACCCUCAUGGCUUUGAUCCGAACGGCCCUGGACAUCAAGAUUGCUAAGGGCGGAGCUGACAAGCAGCAGAUGGACGCGGAGCUCCGCAAGGAGAUGAUGGCCAUUUGGCCCAACCUGUCCCAGAAGACACUGGACCUGCUGGUCACACCUCACAAGUCCACUGACCUCACGGUCGGGAAGAUCUACGCAGCCAUGAUGAUCAUGGAGUAUUACCGGCAGAGCAAGGCUAAGAAACUGCAGGCCAUGCGUGAGGAGCAGAACCGGACGCCUCUCAUGUUCCAGCGCAUGGAGCCCCCGUCACCAACCCAGGAGGGAGUGCCUGGCUCAAACGCCCUCCCCUCCACCCAGCUGGACCCAGGAGGAGGCCUAAUGGCUCAUGAAGGUGGCAUGAAGGAGAGCCCGUCCUGGGUGACCCAGCGAGCCCAGGAGAUGUUCCAAAAGACGGGCACAUGGAGCCCAGAGCGGGGCCCCCCCACCGACAUGCCCAACAGCCAGCCCAACUCGCAGUCUGUGGAGAUGCGAGAGAUGGGCACCGACGGCUACUCAGACAGUGAGCACUACCUCCCCAUGGAAGGCCAGGCCCGAGCUGCCUCCAUGCCCCGCCUCCCUGCUGAGAACCAGAGGAGAAGGGGCCGGCCACGUGGGAAUAACCUCAGUACCAUCUCGGACACCAGCCCCAUGAAGCGCUCGGCCUCCAUGCUGGGCUCCAAAGCCCGGAGACUGGAUGACUAUUCCCUGGAGAGAGUCCCUCCGGAAGAGAACCAGCGGUACCACCAGCGCCGACGUGACCGUGGCCACCGCACUUCUGAGCACUCUCUUGGCCGCUAUACCGACGUGGACACAGGCUUGGGGACAGAUCUGAGCAUGACCACCCAGUCCGGUGACCUGCCAUCCAAAGAUGACCGGGAGCGGGGGCGGCCCAAAGACCGCAAGCAUCGCCAACACCAUCACCAUCACCACCACCAUCACCCGCCUCCCCCAGACAAGGAGCGCUAUGCCCAGGAGCGGCCAGACCUCGGCAGGACCCGGGCCAGGGACCAACGCUGGUCUCGCUCACCCAGCGAGGGCCGAGAGCACGUGACACACAGGCAGGGCAGUAGUUCCGUCAGUGGAAGCCCAGCCCCCUCAACAUCUGGCACCAGCACUCCACGGCGGGGCCGCCGCCAGCUGCCCCAGACCCCCGCCACUCCCCGGCCACACGUGUCCUAUUCCCCCGUGAUCCGUAAGGCCGGCGCGCCGGGCCCCGCGCAGCAGCAGCAGCAGCCCGCGGUGGCCAGGUCGGGCAGGGCCGUCACCAGCGGCCCUCGGAGGUACCCGGUCCCCUCGGAGACAAUGUCCGGGGAACGGUCAUCCACGGGGGGUCACGGCAGCAGCCGCUCUCCAGGGAUGGAGCGGCGCGCCCCAGGCCCGGCUCGGAGCGAAUCCCCCAGGACCUGUCGCCACGGAGGGACCCGGUGGCCUCCGGCGUCCGAGGGUCCUCGGCAUCACGGUUACUACCGGGGCUCCGACUACGACGAGGUGGACGGUCCGGGCAGUGGCGGUGGCCUCGACGACGACGAGCAGGUGGUCAGUCCCUACGAUGCGCCACAUCCCGCGCGCCACGCGUCCUCGGGCACCGCGGGGCGAUCUCCCAGGACUCCCCGGGCCUCGGGCCCGGCCUGCGCCUCGCCUUCCAGGCACGGCCGGAGACUCCCGAACGGCUACUACCCGGUCCACGGCCUGGCCAGGCCUCGAGGACCCGGUUCCCGCAAAGGCCUGCACGAACUGUACAGCGAGAGCGAGGAUGACUGGUGCUAAGCCCGGGCGCGGCGGCGCCUCGUCCGCCCGGCU